UUUUUGUAGUUGUAUCUAUAUAUUAUAGAUGAAAAAUACAAAAUUCCCAAAUAAAUAGCGUUCAUCGAUUUACAUUUUACAUUACUUUUAUUAAUAUUAUUUCCGUGCACGUUUUAUUCGAAUAUCGUCGUUAAAAUAUAAAAAUAUUGUAUUAUUCGGUAUUGAGCUAUUGCCAUUUUUGAAUGUACUUUGUAUAUCUACAAUGCCAAGCAGUGUGAAUUCUUUCCGGUCAACAUCAUCUUUGUCAUAUUUACCUUCACCAGUAACACAGCGGUAUAAAAUUUAAAUUUAUUCGUUGAUUAUAAUAUUUUACUGUUAUGUAUGAAAAAUAUUGUAGAACAUGCAUGACUGCUGCUGUGAAAAGAUAUCGCUACAUGCGAAAACUAUUAAAUUUCAAACAAAUGGAUUUUGAAUUUGCAUUGUGGCAAAUGACGUUUUUAUUUUUAAAUCCACAAAAAGUUUACAGAAAUUUUCAACAUAGAAAAGGUGCGUAGGUAGUUAUUUCUAAAUAAUAUUAAUGUAAUUUGCAUAAUAUAUUUUUAAAUCUCUCGAUUAGAAACAAAAUUACAAUUUGCUCGUGAUGAUCCAGCAUUUUUGGUGCUUUUAAGUGGAUUACUCUGUGGUAAAUAUUAUAUACCUACUACUUAGUAUUUAUUUUCAAAAUUGAAUAGUCAAUAACAAAUUUUUUUUAUUUUUACAGUUUCAUCAAUAGCAUUUACAUAUGUUUUAAGGCUUGGUUUCAUAGAAUUCUUAAAAUUUUUAUUAUACAUUGUAACAAUUGAUUGUUUGUUAUCUGGUGUCAUAAUAAGUACAGUGUUAUGGUAAGUGAUUUAAAUUUAUAAUUCAUAUUUAUAUUAAUCUAUUUUGUUCUGAUACAUAGGUACUAUUUUUUGCUUUUGUUGUGUAAUAUAUAUUAAUAUAAUAUAAUCUUAAGCAUAUUCAAAUAUAUGUUUUUUAAAAAAUGAUUUAUUAAAUAUUUUAAUUUACUAAAAUAAUUCUAAUCACUUCUAUUUCUUUCUUACAUUUAUAGAAGUUAGUAUUUAGGAACUCAAUUUUUCAAAUAAUAGAGAAUUUUGUUUGAAAUUAAAAACCUGAUCAUGUUUAAAAACAACAUAAAAAUUGCAUAGAUAGUUUAGUAAAGUCACUCUUGUAAGAUAAAAUUUUUUUAUCUAUCACAAUAUAAUAAACGUUAAUAUUUGUCAAUUAUUACUCUUUAUAAAUUACAAUUCACUUAAAUUUUAGUUCAUAUAGGGGUGGUACCUUCCUCCUCCUCUGUUCUCUAUUUUAGCUUGAUUCAUCAUAUGAGCCCUUUAUAAAUAUAUCCCUUAUAUACAUAGCUAUGACCAUAAGAAAGUGGAAUGUAAAUUUGAACAAGGAAAGGAGCUUGACUUCUUAAUAAAUAUGAAGGUAUAUGGUUGUUACUUUAGCCUUGAAAUCAAAUACGUCUAGGAAACCAUCAAAACAAAAGAGGAAAAAAAAUUCAAAAUUGCUCACUUUUUUACAAAAUGUGUAAUUUCGAUAUCGUAGGUUGUGAGUGGGAAACGAAUCAAUUUAUUAACUGCCUAUGUCUUAAUUAGUCCUUUGUAAGAAAAGGAUGUCAAACUAUCACAUUAUCUUAUAGUAUUGAGUUUUAGAACUAACAAGAAAUGAAAAAUAUGAAGAUAGACUAGGAAACUGAAAGUCUUCAUGUUAUGUACAAUAAAGUCAAGGAUUUUAAGAGUUUUACUAACUGUUAUAUUUAUAUAGUUGUUAAAGUUCAAGGUAGAGGUGAAAUGGAUGCCCUGACCUUUAAAUUGAAAACAGAAAAAUUUAAUAGUUAACCAUAAAUAUAGUUUAUUUAUAUUUAAACCAUUGCAUUUUUAACUUAAGAAUUUAUUGUUAUACUAUUAAUUAAUAUUGAAUUAAAAUUUACAGGUUUAUUGCCAAUAAAUAUUUAAUAAAAUCAAACUACAAAGGCCAAGAUGUUGAAUGGGCAUAUGCGUUUGAUAUACAUUUAAAUGCUUUUGUACCAAUGUUAGUAAUAUCUCAUAUAUUUCAAUUAUUUUUCUAUCAUGGUAUGUAAAAUAUUGUUUUGCCUCAAUAUAUUUUAUAAUUUACUUUAAUAUUAAUCUAUAUUUUUAACAGUUUUUCGUUUUUAAUUAUCUGUUUUAUUUAAAAAAAAAUAAUUUAUUAUAAUGAAUAUUGUCCUAGACUAUAAUUUGUGAAUACAAUUUUACGACUUUUAUUAACAGUUUUAAAUUACUGUAGUAGUGGUAUAUUGUCUUAUGUUAGAAAACUUGUAGUUCAAUAGAUUAUGUAAAUUAAAAAAAAAACGUAUUUAUAGUAUAUUAUUAUAAUAAUUAUUUAUAUUUAACUAAUAUACUAAUUUCUGUUUUAUUUAGUAUUUCUCAAACAUGAUUGGUUUUUGCCAUUGUUUAUUGGCAACACACUCUGGCUUAUAGCUCUUGGCUAUUACUUGUACAUCACAUUUUUAGGAUACAGUUGUAAGUAUUAAAUAUUUUGUGUAAUUUAUUAUCCGAUUUUUUUUAUUUAAUCAAGAAUAUGCUUUUUGUAAAGAUAUUAUUCACUAAUUUGUAUGUUGUUGAAAAACAUACAGAAUCUCUUUAAUGUUAUUUAUAACUUUUGCACCAAAAUAUGUAGGUAUAUUUGUUUUGCCAAAUUAGUAAAUAAAACAUUUAACCAUUUUGACAUUUACUAAUGUUGAGUUGUUUAGUAAAAAAAAAGUUACAUUGAGUUAUAUUCUGGUGUUUUAAGUAAAAUAGUUUUGAUGAUUUUAUAACUCGUUAAUUAUCAACAUUAUAAUUAAGUAUAAUUAAAAGUACACCCUUAAUUAUUAUUUGUAAUGUAUUUUUUUUUUCAGGCUUACCCAUCUUGCACAAAACUCAAGUAUUAUUAAGUCCGUUUAUUCUGCUAAUUUUCUUAUACAUAUUAUCAUUUGCUAUAAAUUGGAAUAUAAGUGAUAAUGUUAUGUCUAUAUAUGAAUACAGAAUUCUAUGAAACAAGAUGAAUACUUUUCUUCUUUUUAAAUUAUACAAUAUUUUCUUAAACCAGUAAUUUAUUUAUUGAAUGUAUUAUUUCCCUAUAUAUUGUAUAAUACUUAUUAUUUUUUUUAUUUAAACACAUAAUAGUUUUAUAUAUUGUCUUAUACUUUUAUAUACAAAAAGUGCCUAACCAAAACAUAAUUUUGAUAAAUUUACAAAUUUACAUGACUGCAUGAUAAAUAAUAAUUAUUAAAUUAGUGAAUUAGUUAUUUUUGUUGAAUUUUUUGCAAUUUUUUAUGGCUUUAGGCUUCUCUUUUGGUUUCUCAGUAGGUGGUGCAUUUCCAGUGAAGAAGGAUGUUAUCAUUUCAGACAUUUCAGGCAUAUCAUGUUUUAAAUUGCUCAAUUGUUCCAUUUCCUGUAAAAUAUGAAUAAAUAAUAGUAUCAUUCAGACUAAUAUAUGUAUAUGUAUAUAUAUAUAUAUAUCAAACCUUCUUAGUUUCUGGGUCAUUCAUUAACCUUGGCAAAAUUAAUAUGGCAAGAAGAGGUAAUACCAUGGUCAAAACCUAAAAAUUGAAAGGCAAAUGUGAAAUGAUUAUAUCUAAUACAUAAAAUUGAUGCUGAAAAUUUACCAUUGAAUUAAAAAGGAAAUCUGUAACUUUCCACUGUUCCCUUGAGUAAAAGUAUUUGGCUGGCAUAUAGUUUACAAACUCCAAUGGAUAUGGCAUGUGAUGAACAUAAGAUGACUGAAUAUAAUUUACUUUACGUGCACGAUAUUUUCCUUUUGAAUUAAUUUCAAUCCUAAUUGGCUCAAAGAAGUAAUUUGGAUUGACUACUUCAACAAUAUAAGACCCUGAUGGGACUUUGGAAAUGAGAAAAGACCCAUUUUUCCU